CAGCCCGCAGUUAGACCCCCCCUCCCUACACACACACACACUGCGAAAAUAUAUUAAAAAAAAAUCGUUCCCCCUCCCUUUCCUCCUCCCAGCAGCGCCCAGAGACAGAGAUGCUUGCAGGCCACAGUCCAGUUCGCCAGCCUCUCACCACAUCCCCUAGGAGACUGGCAGGAGCCGACACGUGAUGCGCUUUACUUAUCAGGUUUAGGAGAGAGAGCCAGAGAGAGAGAGAGAGAGGAGAGAGAGCAGCGCGCUGGGAGCCCGGGGAGGAAAGCAAAUUAAAAAAAUAAAUACAUCAAUCUUUUUUUUCGUCCUCUCGUCUCCCCUCGACGUCUCUUUCCUCUUCGUCUUCCUAAUCCGGUUUCCCGGAGAGAGGGUUGAGGAAAGAGGAGACGCCGACAAAGUUUGUCGAACUUUGCACAUCCUUCGAAACGCCAUUUUGAGUCGUCCUCUCUCCGGAACAACUUUACAGCUUUUUUUUUUUUUUCUUCGACUAGUCCAUCAUCACUAGUCAACAUCACUACCAUCAUCAUCAUCACGACGAUGUCUCGGCGUAAGCAACCCAACCCCAACAAAGUCAAACUGUGAGCAGUGGUUGCGGUCACACACACACAGCCAGGUGGGCUAAACCCCGCCCCCCAGAACUCGCCCCCUCCCCAACUCAUCCGCAGGUUCGAGCCCAGCUGUGCCCCGCGGGCCUUGGUUUAGGCACCCGAGAGCACCGUGAUGGAGAACUCCACCGAGGAGCAGCGGGAAGUGGGAGGAGCCAAUGGUGAACUGAGCCAGGAGGAGGCGGGACUUACAGAGAGCACACACAACAACCUGAAAGGGUGCAACGGAGUUAUGGAUGGGGAGGAAGAGGAGGAGGAGGAAGAUGAGAUGGAGAUGGAGAACGGCGAGGACGGGGAGGAGGAGCUCCUGAACGGAGAUGAAGGAGGCGGAGGAGUGGAGAACGGAGGGAGCGAGAGAGAGGAGGAGGAGGAGGAGGAGGAUGAGGAGGGCGGCGGGGAGGGACGAGGCAGAGAAGGAGGGGAUUACCUCUCAUCUAUCAACGCCAUGAUGUCAGCGGUGAUGUCAGCGGCCGGGACCAUAAAUGGGGAAGACGCGGACCCCGACAGCUCCUCCCCCAACAAGUCCACACCCACCAGAGGAGGAAUAACCAACCGAAAUGCCCGUCGUAACCCGGAGGCCAAAGAUGAAACUUGCACGCACAUCUGCCCACUGUGCAACAAGAACUGUCAGUCACAACACCAGCUCACCAUGCAUAUCAGACAGCACAACGCGGACACCGGGGCCACAGACCACUCCUGCAGCAUUUGUGGGAAGUCGCUAAGCUCCGCCUCCUCCCUGGACCGCCACAUGCUGGUGCACAGCGGGGAGCGGCCCUACAAGUGCUCCGUCUGUGCACAGACGUUCACCACCAACGGGAACAUGCACCGGCAUAUGAAGAUCCACGAGAAGGACCCGACCACCUCCCUGCUCCCGGUCAGCCCCUCCUCCCCCGCCAAGCGUCGCCGCCCCCCCAACAAGAGGAGGCUGGGCCUGGAGGACGAGCUGGGAGAGGAGCCGCCCAGCAAGAAGGUGCUGGAGGAGGGCCUUCCUGAGGAGGUGAGCUCCGUGAGAGAAGGAGGAGCAGGAGGAGCAGGAGGAGAAGCAGCAGCAGGAGCAGGUGGAGGAGGAGGUGGAGUAGAGGAGCUCCUUCCCUGUCCAAUUUGCUUCAAGACCUGCACCUCCCGCCAUGAUCUGGAUGCCCACAUGGACGCACACCCCGACACCGCACUCAGGUGUGACCUGUGCUGCGUGUCGUUCCGCACACACCGUGGCCUGCUGCGCCACAACGCGGCCGUGCACAAGCUCCUCCCCCAGGACCCGGCCGGCCGGCCCUUCAUCCAGAGCAACCCCUCCAUCCCCAGCGGCUUCAACGACCUCGCCUUCAUCGACUUCUCCUGCAAGAAGUUCACCCACAUCGCACAGGUGUGGUGCGAGACCAACCUGCGUCGCUGCGUCAGCAAGUUCCACCGCUUCGUGUGCGAGGCGUGCGACAAGGCCUUCCCCCUGCGCUCGGCCCUGGACCUCCACAAGACCACCACCCACCCCGGCCAGCCAGCAGGGGGCGCCCCGCCCGCCAAGAGCCAGGAGAAGACGCAGACCGCCGUGGAGGAAGGCCCGCCCACGGCCAAGUCCCACUUCCUGGAGUCGCUGGGCCUCCAGCACGUAUCCAAGGUGAAGGCCGUCCCGUCAGACGACGAGAUCCACCAGGCCCACCUGGACAGCAUCAGGGUGAUCCACGUGGAGCCCCCGUCCGCCAGCCUCCCCCAGGAGCCCAACCCCGCCUUCCUGACCGGGGGCCUCGGGCUGAGCCUGGGCCUGGGAGUAGGAGGGCUGGCCGCCUUAGGAGGCCUGGGCCUGGGCAUCCCCGUGCUGGAGGCCUCCGGCUCCUCCCUGCAGGGCCUGUCCCAGCAGGACGCGCUGCGCCUGCUCUCCCUGCAGCCCUUCCCCCGCGGCUUCCUGCUGCAGCCGGAGGGCUGCGGCGCCGGGGCCAGCGCCCCGUCCUCGGGGGUGAAGCCCAGCGAGGCCGGCCUCAUGGAGCUGGCCGACCUCCACCAGAUCAUGAAGGUGGCGGCGGCUGCGCCCAACCCGACGGGCCUGCCGCCGCUGGCCAAAGCCCCCGCCUACAUGGGAGCGCACGGCCAGAGCCAGAAGCAGAUGCCCCCCCUGAAGCCCAAACCGCCCCACACGCCCCGCACCAGCCUGACGGCCUCCACGCCGCCCCCCCUGCAGAGCUCCCAGCAGGCCUCCCUGGGGUGCAUGAGCCCCGGCCUGCCGCCGCCCGCGCCCAGCCCCUUCAAGACCCCCGCCUCCUCCUCCUCCUCCUCGUCCUCCUCCUCCUCCUCCUCGUCCUCGUCCUCGGCGGCGGCCGGCAGCGGCGGGCAGAUGGAGGCGGACUGCAUGGGCGACGCUCGCACCCCGUCGUCGGACUCCCCGCCCGUGGCGGCCACGGCCCAGCAGGAGGAGGCGGGGCUCAGCGCCCGGGGCAAGGCGGGCGGCAAGGCGCCCGGCAACGGCGGCAACGGCGGCGCCGCCAAGGGCUCGUUCCCGUGCCGCUUCUGCGACCAGGUGUUCGCCUUCUCGGGCGUGCUGCAGGCGCACAUGCGCUACCACCUGGGCACGCUGCCGCACCAGUGCAACAUCUGCGACUACGUGGCGCCGGACAAGGCCACGCUGAUCCGCCACCUGCGCACGCACAGCGGCGAGCGGCCGUACGUGUGCAAGGUGUGCCACUACCCCUUCACCGUCAAGGCCAACUGCGAGCGCCACCUGCGCAAGAAGCACGCCAAGACGUCGCGCAAGGAGAUCGAGAAGAACAUCAAGUACAUCACCUCCGCCGCCAGCGAGGGCGGCAUCACCAUGGCGACGACGGCCACGGCCACGGCCACCCAGGAGGCGCCGGAGGGCGUCGGCGGCGGCGGCGGGCGGGUCGGCGGCACGGAGACCACCUGCCAGUACUGCCAGGAGAACCUGGGCAGCUACCGCGCGCUGCAGAUCCACCUGCGCACGCACGAGGCCAACGGCUGCCAGCGGAAGCCCUUCGAGUGCCGCUGCUGCGGCGCCGCCUUCCUGGCCAAGCGCAACUGCAUCCACCACGUGCUGAAGCAGCACCCCGAGGUGCAGGAGCGGGAGAUCGAGGAGCACAUCGCCACCCUGCUGCCGGCCGCCAUGCUGCCGCCGCCCCCCUCCCCCUCCUCCUCCGUGGCCGCCGCCGCCGCCCGGAGCGGCCCGCUGCCACUGCCGCUGCUCAACGGCCUGGCUCCGCCCCCCCGCCACCCCCUGAAGGCGGUGAAGGUGGAGGAGCUGACGGUGUACUCGGUGGCCCCCGGCCCCGUGGUGGACCUGGACCUGGACCAGCCGCUGGACUUCUCGGCCAAGGGGAGCCGCGUGAGGGCGGGCAGCGCGGGCCCCCCGCCCGCCAUCAAGGUGGAGAGCCUGUCCCCCACGGGCCCCGACUGCUCGGCGCUGGACCAGCCCAUCGACCUGUCGGUCCCCAGCAAGAGGCAGCGGCCGGCGGAGAGGAGGGAGAUCAAGGCGGAGCCCAGCGCCUCCAGCAUCGUGGAGCAGCAGCUGCAGCUGCAGGCCCUGCAGAGCCUGCAGGCCCAGCAGCUCCAGGCCCUGGCUCUGACCAAGGCCCCCCAGCACGCGGAGGACCCCCUGGGCAGCGCCCUGGCCCCGCUCCACCCUCACCCCCAGCCCGGCUGCUACCAGCUGCCCCCCGGCUCCACCCCGCCCCCCUCCUCCCUCCCCGGCGCCGGGCCCCGGGCCCCGCGCCUCAAGCCCCUGCUGCCCAAGCCCUCGGCGCUGCCCGUCGGCAGCCUGCCGCCCCUGGCCUCCAUCGCCCAGAUCAUCCACUCCGUGUCCGGGGCCCCCGACCUGCUGAAGAGGGAGGCCCCGCCUCUGGAGGCCAAGGCCCUCGCGGGGCCCAUCUCCUCCCAGGUGGAAGCGGCCACCGGCCCCGCCCCCGCGGAGGUCCAGAGCGAGGAGCCGGCGGCCGAGACGGCUCCCAGCAGCGGCGGCAGCAGCAGCAGCAGCAGGAAGCGCCCCAGAAAGAAGGCGUCUCUGGCCCGGGAGCGUGCCCGGGCCCAGGCCCUGGGCACCGGCAUCGACCUGGAGUCCAGCGGAGAGUUCGCCAGCGUGGAGAAGAUGCUCGCCACCACCGACACCAACAAGUUCAGCACCUACCUCCAGACGACCAGGGCCACCGGAGAGACCCCCGCCCGCAGAGGAGAGGCUGAGGGUCAGGGAGGGGGGACAGGGGAGGACUGCGGGGCGGAGGACAGUAAGCCGGCGGUGAUCGGCCCCCAGUCCAAAGGGAAGAAGAAUGCCUACUCCAACUCAGUCCAGAAGAUGACCUGUCCCUUCUGCCCACGCGUCUUCCCCUGGGCCAGCUCCCUGCAGCGACACAUGCUCACACACACUGGUCAGAAGCCCUUCCCCUGCCCGAAGUGCGACGCCUUCUUCUCCACCAAGUCCAACUGUGAGCGCCACCUGCUGCGCAAGCACGGUGUGGCCAACCGCUCGCUGCGGCGCAACGGCUCCCUGGGCCGCAAGGACGGAGACGACGGCUCCCACGACAGCGGAGACAGCCAAUCAGACACGGAGCAGACGACCCAAGAGGCCGUCGACCUCAGCAGCCCCCAGUCCGGCUCCGCCCCCUUCCCGGACCAGAGAGCUGGCUCUUUAGACCAGCCCAAACAUCGGACAUCCUCCAACACUAGCCCCGCCUCCAAGCCAGGCCAAGGGUCUAGUUCAGCAGAGCAGCCUAGAAGCAUGGAUCACUCGGGCCAGCAGGAGGCGCCAAAGAACCGACAGCAGCCGCUACAGAUCAACACUAACAACGUGGUUACCAAGAUGGAAAACGAGGACGAUGAGGAUUGCCAUAGCAACAAGAGCCUGGACCUGAACUUCGCCAGCAAGCUCAUCGACUUCAAGUUCUCCCCGUCCUCGGCCUCCGGGUCCGGAGACGGGGAGGGGGCGCCGAGCUCCCGCCCUCCCAGCGCCCACACCAACACCCCCCCUUCCUCCACCUCCUCCUCCUCCACCCCCUCCUCCACCCCCUCCUCUGGCCCAGCGCCGGCCGGCCUCCGCGAGGAGCCGAGGGCGCCGGCCGCGGCCUCACCUGGCCCCGCCGCCGCCGCCAAACCGACAGAGUACAAGCACGUGUGCCGUGUGUGCAGCAAGAGCUUCCGCUACGCCACCACCCUGGCCCGCCACGAGAGGGCGCACCUGAGCGAGGAGAGUCCCGCCGCCAGCGCCGCCGGCGCCGGUGCCUCCGGGUCGGAGGUCACGCCGGGGAAAGAGCAGACCCCCGAGGCCGCCACCGAGACCCCCGAAGGGGAGGAGAAGAAAGCAGAGCAGGACGAGGAGGAGGAGGAGCAGGAGGACGAGGAGCAGGAAGAGAGGAGGAGGAUGAGGAAGGAGGGGGGAGAGAGCGGGGAGUCGGACAUGGAGGAGGAGGAGGACGAGGAGGAGGAGCGCAGUGACGAGGAGGGCGGCGCGGCGGAACCAAAGAGCAGCGAGGAGGGCGAGGAGCGCGCCGGGAGUCGCGUGGACAAGAGGAAGAAGAUCUGCAGCGUGUGCGGCAAGCGCUUCUGGUCGCUGCAGGACCUGACCCGCCACAUGCGCUCCCACACCGGCGAGCGGCCGUACCGCUGCCAGACGUGCGAGCGCACCUUCACCCUGAAGCACAGCCUGGUGCGCCACCAGCGCAUCCACCUCAAGCCCCGGGGGGCCGACGGGCCCGAGGCCGCGGGGCCCCACGCCGGGGGCGCCGGCUCCGCGGGGGCCGACGACGCCAGCGAGUACGGGGACUCCGCCUUCACCCCCACCUCCACCUGCACGCCCUCGGAGAACGAGAGCGAGGGAGGCAGCGCCGCCGGGGUCGGAGGUCGAGGAGAAGUGGGCGGGGACGAGGAGGAGGAGGAGGAGGAGGAGGAAGUGGAGGAAGAGGAGCGGGAGGAGCAGAAGUUGUCUGAACCCGCUGGUGAGUUGAAACAAGAACCAGAAGUGGCCGUAGAGAAGAAGGACGUGAUGGAGGAAGAGGAGGAGGAGGAGGGUGCACAAUCUGAGCCGGAGGAGAAUCCUUUGGAGGCCGCCGUCGCGUCCCCUGGAACAGAACCGGCCCCAGAGUCCAGCCAACCCAGCGGACCCCCCACCCCUCCAGCGGAGCCCCCCGCCACCCCAGACACCACAGGGGGCUCAGAACCUCCUCCUGCAGAACAGGCUCCGCCUCCCACGACCGCCGAGCCGGCACCUACCAGCCCAACCCCCGCCGCCGCCGCCGCCACCGAGGCGACCGCAUGCGACACGCCGGGUCCCCCCGCCGUUGCCAUGGCAGCCGCCGCCCCGCCCAUGCCAUUAGAUACGCCCGCCCGGGAAGUAGCCUCGCCCUCAGCCCCCCCCACAGCCCCCCCCAACGCCACCACGACCUCGGAGCAGGAGAUCCAGGCGCCGACAGAGCACGUGCUGCCCAGCGCAGACUCUCCCCUGGUGGGGGCGGAGUGAGGCUGCUCAGCCCCCCCGCACACACACACACACCCCCUGCUCCUCUACCUCUCAGCAACCGCCUGGUUCUCUGGAGGUCGGGACAAACCUAACUAUCGUCACCAGAGUGCCAUAUCGACGCGACCACGAAUUUAACGCGCCACCAUCGAUGACGACGAUGAUGAUGAUGAUGAUGCCUAUGACAAUGGUGAUGUAUCAGAGAGUUUGGACAGAGACUCAAACCUCUUAUCCUUGAAGUGCCUUACUACUUGUUCCUCUUCUUUCACAUGAUUUACUUGUCAAUCUUUAUCUACAGUAUAUUGGGGAGUGGAUCCAAUUUUAAAGCUUUUUAUGAUUGCGCAAAACAAUGUUUUUUUUUUCAUUUUUAUUAUUGGUUUUGCCAAUCGAUAAUUUCAGCAAUAAAAUAAUACAUUUAUCCUUGAUUUUUGUAUGAGAAUUCAUGAUCAAGUUUGCGAACGCAGGAAGAUUGUGGCGAUCAGCCCGUUCGGUGUGAGGCCGUGGGGCUCACCUGACUUCUACAUCGACCAAUCACAAACACUCUUAGUCCAGGGCUGGGCAACCCACAUGCUGCAGACUAGGAGGUCUUUUCAAACUGGAAUGUAUGCAAUAUGGCGGACAGUCGGAGAGUCCAAACGGACGGACAGACAUUUGGACUUCUCUCUUUCUGCGGACCUGCUUUUCUGAGUAAUUCUUUUUUUUGUUGAAAAGACUGCCGUCGUGGUUCUCCGAAGCCGUUUUUGUUGAGUUUUUCCUGACGCAGGGUCAGUCAAGUGCAUUGAGAAACAAACAAACCAAAACUUUAUAAUGUAACUGAUGUCAUCCCAGCGGGCCUCGCUCUGUGAAGGAACAGGGCUGCAGGUUGGAUAUUUAGUUUAUUUUCUUCUUCCUCGAUUCACUAUUAAUCUUAGUCGCCCGGAAGCGUAUCACUCAUUGACAGAUUGAUAUGGGCAAUAUUUGCCCCUCCCCCUCCUUCCCCUAUGCAUUCUGGAGGUUGGUUUAUGUUCAUAUUUUCUCAUCUGUUUCAGUUGAUUCCACAUGUACAUUAACUGUAUUUUGUGUGCGUGUGUAAGGCAUGUCUGAGUUUAAUACUAAAGUAUUUUUGUGUUUGGCUCUUAGUGGGCUUUGUUUUUUGAUGAGGAAGUGUCUGUCAAGUUGGAUGUUUUCUAUUUUAUAAUGAACAAAUCUUUUUUCUCUAAUUUUCUAUGAUUGUUGUCUUGAGUGUGUGAUCUGGUUAGGCCGUCUCAUUACCAUCAGCCCCCCCCCCCCCCCCCCCAGUAGUGUUUGUAGAGAGACAUGACAACACUGUGGUUUUGCUUGCCCUCCAAGGUUACUCAGGGGGAAAGCACUAGAGUGGUUCUCCUAAAAACCUCUGUGUAUGAAUAGUUGACAAUCUGCAAAAAAAACAAGUCUUCAAACAGGUCUUCCACAUUUCUAACCUUCACCGGGCUGACAAAGCGGCAAACUGACGCUUGCUGAGUCCCACAUCAUUGUUUGAUUCAUUUUUCUAUUCUAAACCUUCUGAUCCACAAAAUGAUUUUCCAUUGAUCUGGCAUCAACCUCAGGCUCAUUAUGCCCCUUAAGUUUGACAAGAAGGUCUACACUUCUGGUCUUUUCUUUGUCUCGUUGGCAACUGGACAAUAUGAAUUGAAAUGAGACCUGUGAACUGUGGUUUUUAAGCCUUAAACACGCCAGUGUCCUUAAUCUCGGAGCGGUUCUGACCGUCUUGCUUCUGCGGUUGGUUUGAGAGCCGUUGAUGUGCUAGAGGGACGUGGAGGCUUCCAGCGCACCACGUCCCGCUACGUCAUCACUGAACGGACACACCGCUUCCACUGUGUCCGCUAACACGCGUUACAAGGGCUAAAGGACCUGCGCUGACUGCAGAGCUAGCUAUGUGGACUUGAUUCUCUUCAUAUAAACUCUUGUUUCAUGUGAAUGCAACUCCGUGGUGCAUUCACAACCCCCAGACAUUGACUGGGGAUAACAGGAUCGUAGCGCGACAGCUGUUUGGCAAACUGAGCAGCAAUAACGACAUGGGCCUGCUGGGCUUACUGCAAAAACUGGCAGUAAUAUUGCACAAAACGACUACUUCUAUAACUAAUAUCAACGACCACAAUACUCAACUUUUCUACUCGACUGGUAAUAAGAUGUAUUGUUAACAAUGAGUACGUUUGGGUUGGACUUCUGACGUACUUUGACUCUCUUAGAAUGAUUUCAAUUAAAUAAGCUGUCAAACGGACUGAGCCUGGUUCUCCUCCCCAUGCCCGUUGGCGCCAUCUAGUGGUGCGGCCAAGGUAGUACAGUAUUCCAUUACUCGGCAUGUCCUCUGCAGCGGAGUCCAAAGCAGUUCUAAAGGCCUCAGAGUCUCUGCUCCUCUGAGUCUCUUCUUCGCUAUCUCUGCCUGGCCCUUUCUGUCUCAAUAACCUUUUAGUUCAGCUUUAAAUCGUUUGUGUGUGUGUGUGUGUGUGUGUGUGUGUGUGUGUGUGUGUGUGUGUGUGUGUGGGGGGCUAUGCACGGGCAUGGAAAUACUGGAGGUUCAUUUCAAUGCACAUGGACAGUUUUUUUAAUUGUAUUUAUUUAGAGCCCGGAUGAAUAUGUCUGUGUGUGUGUGUGUGUGUGUUUUGAGAGAGAGAGAGAGAGCGAGAGAGAGAGGG